CUGCCAUGGGGCAGUAUGGGCAGUAUACCUAUCAACAAAAGGACGAAUUUAUAGGCGCUUCGAGCUUUCAACUGCAGACUGCGUAGAGCGUAGAUCAUAAUUUAUUCCGCGGCUAAAACAUAUUAACAGCUUUAACAGGUAUCGUCGAUUAUUGUCAUGAUAUUAACUGUCAUAUUAAUUACGUUUUGUGCCGUUAAAAAAUCAUAAGUGUUGAAACAUAUGUCUUCAAAUUAAGUCGAGAAAGAUUGUGGUUAGUUUGAUUUGAGGAAGAGUUACGUGCUACACCAAUUUAAUGUUUUCAGAGAACCAAAGUAAAAGCGAUAUUGCGCUCAGCAAAAGAUUGUCGUAUUUAUUACGUCAUGGAGCUAUAAAGGAAGGUUUAAAUAUUAAACCAAAUGGUUUCAUCGCUGUUGAUGAGCUGUUAAAUAAAUCACUGCAAAAGUAUACUAUUGAUGACAUCAAGAAAGUAGUGCAGAAAAAUAACAAACAAAGAUUUACUCUUGAAACUGUUGAUGGUACUUUAGAGAUCAAGGCAAACCAAGGUCAUACUAUAUCCGAAAUCAGUGAACUGAGCUUGAAGAUACUUGAUUUUAUAAAUUUUGAUAUAAUUCAUGGGACUUAUCUCAAGUACUGGCCAAAGAUAAAAAUUGAAGGUCUGUCACGUAUGAAAAGAAACCAUAUUCAUUUUGCAAAGGGAUUAAAUUUUAUCAACGGUUUACGUCGAAGCGCCGAACUUUUCAUUUAUAUUAAUUUUGACAAAGCAAAGGAAGACGGCUUGAUAUUUUUUGAAUCUGAAAAUGGAGUUGUUCUUUGUGCUGGAAAUUCAAAAGGCUUCAUUGAAAUAAAAUAUUUUUUAAAAGCAAUUACUAGAGAAAGACAAACAUUGAGUUUUAGUUAAACAGUGUGAUUUUUUUAUCUUUCUGUUUUCAUAUAACGUAUAUUGUUAUUAAGAAAUAGUGAUACUGUGCUAGAGAUACAAA